AUUCCAGAGAGCAGGGCCAGCUAGAGCAACAAAGGAGCCGGGUAGACGGCAGGGAGAGCUCAGGGGGCUGCGGCGCGCUCGCGCGGAGGUGGCUGCUGGGCCGCGGGCUGGCGUGGGGGCGGAGCCGGGGAUCGACUCCCGCAACCCCCCGGCGGGCGCCUGGCCUCCAUCGAGGAGCUGGGAGUUGGUUUUAAUGGUGGAAGAGGGAAUGGGGCUGGAGAUCCGGGCCCCAGAGGAUUCCCAGGGUUGAAGACAACUCCAAUCGCCAGGCGAGGGAGUCCGGGGUCCGUGCAUCCUGGCCCGGGCCUGCGCUGCUCAACAUGGGGCCCGGGUUCCAAAGUUUGCAAAGUUGGGAGCCGAGGGGCCCGGACGCUCCCGGAGCUUGGCGAAAGCUGGCCCCAGACUUUCGGGGUGCACCGGUCGCCUAAGUAGCCUCCGCGGCCCCCGGGGUCGUGUGUGUGGCCAGGGGAGCUCGGGGGCGCCUCAGCUUCUGCUGAGUUGGCGGUUUGGCCAUGGCCGCUGGCCGCCCCGUGCGUGGGCCCGCGCUGGCGCCCCGGAGGCUGCUGCAGUUGCUGCUGCUGGUACUGCUGGGGGGCCCGGGCCGGGGGGCGGCCUUGAGCGGGAACGUGACCGGGCCUGGGCCUCGCAGCGCCGGCGGGAGCGCGAGGAGGAACGCGCCGGUCACCAGCCCUCCGCCGCCGCUGCUGAGCCACUGCGGCCGGGCCGCCCACUGCGAGCCUUUGCGCUACAACGUGUGCCUGGGCUCGGCGCUGCCCUACGGAGCCACCACCACGUUGCUGGCUGGGGACUCGGACUCGCAAGAGGAAGCGCACGGCAAGCUCGUGCUCUGGUCCGGCCUCCGGAAUGCCCCCCGCUGCUGGGCAGUGAUCCAGCCCCUGCUGUGUGCUGUCUACAUGCCCAAGUGUGAGAAUGACCGAGUGGAGUUGCCCAGUCGAACCCUCUGCCAGGCCACCCGAGGCCCCUGUGCUAUUGUGGAGCGGGAGCGAGGGUGGCCUGACUUUCUGCGUUGCACGCCGGACCACUUCCCUGAAGGCUGCCCAAAUGAGGUACAAAACAUCAAGUUCAACAGUUCAGGCCAAUGUGAAGCACCCUUGGUGCGGACAGACAACCCCAAGAGCUGGUACGAGGACGUGGAGGGCUGUGGGAUCCAGUGCCAGAACCCGCUGUUCACAGAGGCUGAGCACCAGGACAUGCACAGUUACAUCGCAGCCUUCGGGGCCGUCACCGGCCUCUGCACACUCUUCACACUGGCCACCUUUGUGGCUGACUGGCGGAACUCCAAUCGCUACCCCGCGGUUAUUCUCUUCUAUGUCAAUGCGUGUUUCUUCGUGGGCAGCAUUGGCUGGCUGGCCCAGUUCAUGGAUGGUGCCCGCCGGGAGAUUGUUUGCCGAGCAGAUGGCACCAUGAGAUUUGGGGAGCCCACCUCCAGCGAGACCCUGUCCUGUGUCAUCAUCUUUGUCAUCGUGUACUAUGCCUUGAUGGCUGGAGUAGUCUGGUUCGUGGUCCUCACCUAUGCCUGGCACACCUCUUUCAAAGCCCUGGGUACUACCUACCAGCCUCUCUCGGGCAAGACAUCGUAUUUCCACCUGCUCACAUGGUCACUCCCCUUUGUCCUCACUGUGGCAAUCCUCGCUGUGGCUCAGGUAGAUGGAGACUCCGUGAGUGGCAUCUGUUUUGUAGGCUACAAGAACUAUCGGUACCGUGCUGGCUUUGUCCUGGCCCCAAUUGGCCUGGUGCUUAUUGUGGGAGGUUACUUCCUCAUCCGAGGGGUCAUGACUCUGUUCUCCAUCAAGAGCAACCACCCUGGGCUUCUGAGUGAGAAGGCAGCCAGCAAGAUCAACGAGACCAUGCUGCGCCUGGGCAUUUUUGGCUUCCUGGCCUUUGGCUUUGUGCUCAUCACCUUCAGCUGCCACUUCUAUGACUUCUUCAACCAGGCUGAGUGGGAGCGUAGCUUCCGGGACUAUGUGCUAUGCCAAGCCAAUGUGACCAUUGGGCUGCCCACCAAGAAGCCCAUUCCUGACUGUGAGAUCAAGAAUCGGCCCAGCCUCCUGGUGGAGAAGAUCAAUCUAUUUGCCAUGUUUGGCACUGGCAUUGCCAUGAGCACCUGGGUCUGGACCAAGGCCACCCUGCUCAUCUGGAGGCGCACCUGGUGCAGGUUGACUGGGCACAGUGAUGAUGAACCCAAGAGAAUCAAGAAGAGCAAGAUGAUUGCCAAGGCCUUCUCUAAGCGCCGUGAACUGCUACAGAACCCAGGCCAGGAGCUCUCCUUCAGCAUGCACACUGUCUCCCAUGAUGGACCCGUUGCGGGUUUGGCUUUUGACCUCAAUGAACCCUCAGCUGAUGUCUCCUCUGCCUGGGCCCAGCAUGUCACCAAAAUGGUGGCUCGGAGAGGAGCCAUAUUGCCCCAGGAUGUGUCUGUCACCCCUGUGGCAACUCCAGUGCCCCCGGAAGAACAAGCCAACCUGUGGCUGGUUGAGGCAGAGAUCUCCCCAGAGUUAGAGAAGCGCUUGGGCCGGAAGAAGAAGCGGAGGAAGAGGAAGAAGGAGGUGUGCCCCUUGGGGCAAGCCCCUGAGCUUCACCACUCUGCUCCUGUUCCCGCCACCAGUGCAGUUCCUCGGCUGCCUCAGCUGCCUCGGCAGAAGUGCCUGGUAGCUGCAAAUGCCUGGGGAACAGGGGAGUCCUGCCGUCAGGGAGCCUGGACUCUAGUCUCCAACCCCUUCUGCCCAGAGCCUAGUCCCCAUCAAGAUCCAUUUCUCCCUGGUGCUUCAACCUCCAGGGUCUGGGCUCAGGGCCGCCUCCAGGGGCUGGGGUCCAUUCAUUCCCGCACUAACCUAAUGGAGGCUGAGCUCUUGGAUGCAGACUCGGACUUCUGAGCCUGCAGGGCAGGUCCUAGGAUGGGAAAUGCACAUCUUUCUGUAGGUCUUCCUGAGAGCAUACCUCUGGGGUCUCAUCUGACAGAGUCUGUGGACCAAGUGUCUGCUUCAAAGAGCUGUGUGUGUCUGGCUAGAAGCAGCCAGACCGUGGAAACAAGCUGUACAGCCACUGAUAGGCCUCAUGUCAGAAGCAGGUCCCUGCAACUCAGGACCCUUGCUUCUGCCCACCAAGUAGAGUCUGGCUGGCAGUGUCAGUCUCCAACAGAGCUUGUACUAGGGCAGGAAUGGCAGAGGCAGGGGUGACGGUACCCAGAGUGGGCUGUGGUGGCCAGUGAGGUCAAGCCCAUGUCUGACAGAUGAGGACUGGCUGCCCUUUUCUGUGCCAAUGAGUGUCCUUUUCUGGCACUCUCAGACCAAAAGUGUUUAUCGUGUCAUUUGUCCUUUGUCUAGGUGGGGACAGGACUCUCUUUUUCCUCUUCCUGGUAGUUGUAAUGACCACUCCCAUAAGGGUUGUAACUGUUCUCAACAGGUGGCCCUGCCCAAAACACAUCCUCUCUUUUCCUGUUCUAUCCCUACAUUCACAUCUCAGUUCUACUAGGCCAACCUCUUCCUGGUUAGCACCUUAAAAUGUGUGUGUGUGUGCGUACACACACACACACACACACACACACACACACACACACACACACACACCUUACUUCUGAGCUCCGUCUCAAGUGAGAAACUACUAGUUCAGUUCCAGGCCUCUGAGAGACAUGUUAUUUCUUCCUCACGUCCAUCCAGUGGGAAUGGACCCUCUGACUUAAGGGGCUUACCUUGGGAAGCUUCUGUAGCUUCAGUCAGGCAAGAAAGCUUCUUCCAACUUCUGUAUCUGGUGGGAGGAGGGACUCCCCACUUUUUACAAUGUCUAGUCAUUUUCAUAGUGCCCCACAUUCAAGAACCAGACAGCAGGAUGCCUUAGAAGCUGGCUGGGUUCCGGGUCAGGGGCUCAGUAUGAGAAGAAGAAAUAUGAACAGUAAAUAAAACAUUUUU